GCCAAGUUUAGCUGUAGCUGCAGACCCACGAAGAAAAUGCAGAAAUUGUAUUCACGAACCGAGAUUUUCUUCAAGAAACGCCCUCACUUCCUCGUUUCCUCCAAAGCAAACCAGCACUUCAACUGCUUUAACUCAACCUCACGCGUCACAGCCCAUGAGUUCCCCCGAUCCCGUCCCUCCAACUCUCGAGGGAUUCUUCCCCACACCCCAUCGCAAUUCAAGCCAAACCGUAGCAGACCCUCCAACCAGAUUGACCACAACCAUGUAUCAGACGCUAUAAGAAGUGGCUUUGGGCUGGUUCGCCUUCAAACUAACUCAGACAAUCAGGCCCACAAUGAGAGCCAUGACGAGUUUACCGCCGAUGUCGAGAAGGUUUACAGAAUCUUAAAGAAAUUCCACUCGAGGGUUCCCAAAUUGGAGCUCGCUUUGCAGGAAUCAGGUGUCUGUAUGCGUUCGGGUUUAACGGAACGAGUAUUGAAUCGCUGCGGCGAUGCCGGGAACUUGGGGUACAGGUUUUUUGUUUGGGCUUCGAAGCAGCCCGGCUAUAGACAUAACUAUGAAGUCUACAAAGCUAUGAUAAAGAUUUUAGGGAAAAUGAGGCAAUUUGGUGCUGUUUGGGCGCUGAUUGAGGAAAUGAGGACGAAUAAUUCCGACUUGAUAUCCCCAGAAGUGUUUGUUGUUCUGAUGAGGCGGUUCGCCUCGGCCAGGAUGGUUAAGAAAGCAAUCGAAGUGUUGGAUGAAAUGCCAAAGUAUGGUUGUGAGCCUGAUGAGUAUGUGUUUGGGUGUUUGUUAGACGCUUUAUGCAAGAAUGGUAGUGUUAAGGAAGCUGCCUUGUUGUUCGAGGAUAUGAGAGUCCGGUUUGUGCCGACGCUUAAGCAUUUUACAUCAUUGUUGUAUGGUUGGUGUAGAGAAGGGAAGCUCACGGAGGCCAAGUUUGUCUUGGUGCAGAUGAGGGAGGCAGGGUUUGAACCGGACAUGGUGGUGUAUAACAAUUUGCUAAGUGGGUAUGCUCAAGAGGGCAGGAUGAGUGAUGCAUUUGACCUUUUGAAGGAGAUGAGGAGGAAGGGUUGUGAGCCGAAUGCAACCUCCUAUACUACUUUGAUUCAGGCGUUCUGUAGGCAGGAUAGAAUGGAGGAGGCAAUGCGUACUUACAUUGAGAGUCAGAGGAAUGGGUGUGAGGCUGAUGUUGUGACCUACAGUACAUUGAUAAGUGGCUUUUGCAAGAAAGGAAUGAUUGAUAAGGGUUAUGAGCUUCUGGAUAAUAUGAUACAGGGAGGACAUGCUCCAAAUCAGACAAUUUAUUUGCAUAUCAUGGUGGCUCAUGAGAAGAAGGAACAGCUGGAAGAGUGUAUGGAGCUCGUGGAGGAGAUGCGAAAGUUCGGUUGCAUUCCCGAUCUUAAUAUUUAUAAUACAGUCAUUAGGUUAGCUUGCAUUGGGGAGGUUAAGGAAGGUGUUCGACUUUGGAAUGAAAUGGAAGAAAGUGGACUUAGUCCAGGGCUUGACACCUUUGUCAUAAUGAUUCAUGGGUUUAUUGGGCAAGGUUGUCUGGUUGAAGCUUGUGAGUACUUCAAAGAAAAGGUUGAGAGGGGUCUUCUUUCUGCUCCUCAUUAUGGUACCUUGAAGGAGUUAUUUAAUUCUAUAUUAAGAGCCGAGAAGCUUGAGAUGGCUAAAGAUGUAUGGAGUUGCAUCACGGCUAAAGGGUGUGAACUUAAUGUGUAUUCAUGGACAAUUUGGAUCCAUGCACUCUUCUCGAAUGGGCAUGUGAAGGAGGCUUGUUCAUACUGUCUUGACAUGAUGGAUGCAGACGUAAUGCCACAGCCAGAUACUUUUGCUAAACUCAUGCGGGGUUUAAGGAAACUUUAUCACAGGCAGCUUGCUGCUGAGAUAACGGAGAAAGUAAGGAAGAUGGCUGCAGAUAGGAAUGUUACUUUCAAGAUGUAUAAGCGGAGAGGAGAAAGAGACAUGAGAGAAAAAGCCAAGAAGAAAACUGAUGGAAGGAAAAGGAGGGCUCGCCAACGCCGUUGGGUGGAGGCCAUGGUAGAGCUAAACUUCUAUAGUUUGAAUGAAAUGGUUUCUAUGAAGUAAUAUCAUCUUUUUAGUAAGUGUAA